AUGCCUCCUCAUAGACUUAAUUCGCGCUCACACCGCAUCCCACCACGUGGUUUCCGAAUUCCUGAGAACACGACAAGACCCCCCACGCCAAUGACACCAUUGAAUCCGAUUCCCGCAAUGAUAUCAACUAUGGUUGCGACACAUGGAGUCACAAUCGAAGUUAUUUCCCCUAAUGGCGACAUGAGCCGUACCAAUCCAGAGUUCGAAAACAUUGCAAGAGCCGCGAUUGACAUCGCAUAUAGCGAUAGCGAUGGUCCGAGGAUAUCUUCUGGUGAAAUUGACAUUGAAGAAGAUUUGGAAGAAGAAAAUCGAUUUCUUGCAGCUCUAUACUAUGAUGAUGGGAGAAUGAGAAACAUGAUUGUGAAAAUCUUAUUCGAUUACACGAACCGAAUUGAGGCUAUCAAUGAGAUACUCGAGUCUGUGGAUGUUGAAACUCUUGAUUCGGAGCAUUGUAGCAUUUGCAUUGAGUCAUAUACCACGGCUGCCACUCUAAGCGAGCCCGAAACAGUGGUAACCAAUUUGGAAGCUACUUCUGAAAUUACGAACGGUUUCGAAGAUUCGAUCGAUAUUUCAAAUGAAUCACAUCACACUGCAGUGAAAAUAAAGAAAUGUGGGCAUAUUUUUGGUAGGCGGUGUAUUACACAAUGGUUGAAGGAUAAUAAUACAUGCCCAAUGUGUCGUCGGAAAGCGUCACUACCUGUGCCAUUUCAUCUACAGAUGUGGGUAGAAUAG